AUGUUUGUAAGAUAUCGAGCCCCAGCUGGCCAGCAAGCCACGGACAAACCACCACCACCGCAUUCUGACCUGCCUGUCAGCCUUGCACUCCGCCUACCCGACCACCCGCUCAAACGACAUCCCAUUCCCAUUGAAAAGGCUGUUGAACGUCCUACUACACUUGCAGACCUUUCACGACCUUUCACGACCUUUCACGACCUUUCACGACCUCUCACGACCUCUCGCGACCUCCUGCGACCUCCCACUACCUGCCACGACUUCCCACGACCUCCCACAACCUCCCACGACCUCCCACGACCUCCCACGACCUCCCACGACCUCCGAGCGCCACCGCCGCCGCCAACGUGGGCAUCGCAGCAGAUCGCGCUCAAUUAUGCUGGAGCUGGAUGGGCAGGUCCCACAUGCCCCUUUCUCCUAGCUUAUCAGACUUCAUUGUUUUGUAUCAAAGGCUUCCGAAAAAUGCUGAUGCUGAUGCUAACCUCGAUUUCGACUGCAGGCGUCGAGAAACAGCGAGGCCGUCAAAGUCCUUCAUCUCCCCCACCACACAUUUCUCUCCCGAAGAACCGGAGUACGCCCAAUUUCGCGAACGCAGGGGCGGACAGGGCUCGCAUACGUUUCUCUUGUGAUGCGGGUUCUGCGGUACCGGCGGCAGAAUAUGAUACAAUGCCGAGGUCCCCCAUCAUGGCGGAGCACGAGCAUGGUCUUGGUGCCUCUGGGCUUCGGCGGAUUCGCCAGCAGCCUCCUGUUCGAGGAUUUACGAGGACCUCCUCUACAUCAUCGUCUCGCAACCCCUCUGUUGCACCUAGGUCGAGCUCGGGGACCCUCACGCUUUCGAACUCGCGGGCAGCCUCUAUAGCUAUUGCUUCCGGACCCUCUUCGCCAAAAUUAAAUUUCGGAGAAGACCUCUCAAGGUUCCCCUCCGAGUCCCUUCACUCUUUCUCCUUCGCCCAUCAAUCGGAUGAAUUUAUACACAAUAGACAGAAUGUUUUGAAAAGAUCUGUGGAAUUCAUGUCUCAGAAGCUAGGUCGGGUGAAUACGAAUGCUGGAAUCGCCAGUGCACAAGCACGGGUCACUGGGGACCAUGAGAUGCAAGGAAUGUUGGAGCUUUUGGCCAGAGCAAAGCUGGUGGGCGCAAACAAUAUCCCGGGGCUCUCCUCUCAGACAGAUCAGAUGGGCGCUCUGACUGGACCGGCGACUGCUGAGAAUGCUGGAAAUGUCUUCGAAGCCAGCUUCCUACCAUGUUCGGAAUCUCCUGUUGAGAUGAAUGUGAGUCCCGGACCAUCUCCCACGACUAGUAGGAGGUCUUCUCUUCACGGCCCAGUAUUAGAAAAAUCGAGACAGCAAAGUGAAUUGACUGAGAAGGAUGUACCCCUUUUAACUGAAUCCGGAUCUUCCUCACGAACACAUACCAAUGAGAGCAAGACGACCGCCCAAUCUUCUCCCCCAGCGACAAGACGGCAAAGCCUGAAGCGAACAUAUACGGAUAUUGCACCUCUGACUCUACAGAAUAGACUCAUGGACGCUCUCGCACAGCCAUAUCUAGCCAUCGAUAUAAAUGAUCAGCUCCUGUCUCCUGGGAUUCCCCAAUCCGCUGGAGGCUCGUUUAUGGGCACUUCUCACCCUCUGGGUCCUGCGGUCCAUGGACACUCUAGUAGAUGGUCUCCAGCAGCGCAAGCUAUCUUCACCACUUCAAGUACUGCACCAUACACCAUCAUGGCAGCCAAUGACCUCGCCUGCCUUGUGUUUGGCGUCACCAAUGCCGAGGUCCGGAAGAUGGGAAUCUUGGAAGUUGUGCAAAAAGAGCGAAGGGCGUGGUUAGAAGAAAAACUGACAGCACCCGGGUCAAGUUCCGCCUCUGAUUCUGGCAGACCUAGUCCCCGGUCGCCCCCUGAAAGCCAAAGCACGUACUCAAGUCCUACUCCAACAACAUCGUUUAUUCUUGGCAGGCCGGGUGGGGUCACUGCAGCUCUGCUUAGCAAACCAAAUUCACGGCAGAAUCCAAAGUCACCUCGACGAUCGCAAACGGAUGACGGCGCAGGGUCGAGUCUUGUUGCUAGGACGAAGAAUGCCAAAGGCGGCUUAUUUCACCCUAGUAACAAGUCUAGAGGAGUCCUGCUCUGCGGAGAUGUGGUGCCGAUUCAAAAAAGGAAUGGAGCAACAGGCUCUGCCAGUUUAUGGGUUAAAGAGAAACGGGGUGGAUUGAUCUGGGUCCUCGAAGAGAUCCAUGAGGAUGUGGCCACGCUCAGUCUGGACGAGGAUGCACUGGUCACCAAAAUUGUUGGUGCAACAGGCGCAAUAUGGGGGAGGGAUAUUACCAGAUUCGGUAUGGACAUUGGCCAGCUGUUACCAAGAAUUCCUCGGCAGGGUAUCGUUUCCGGCACUGGUGAGAUUGAUUACGCGGAAGUUGCCAAGAGAAGGUAUUUCUCAGCUCGCAACUCUGGACGCGUGAACAUUCCGUGCAUAGUCGACAGAAUAGAAGGCUGCACCGACCUGAGAGUCUCUAGCUUCCCCCAUAUCGCUGGAAUCAUGGUCCUCUCUGCAAAGACGUUGGAGAUUACGAGCUCCAAUUCAGUGUUCUCGGCGGCUUUAUUCGGCCAGGAAAAGCCGGAUGGUCGACUAAUCACCGACCUGAUUCCCGAUUUUGAACGAAUGCUAAAGAUUCUGACCGAAGAAGACGGGGUUGACCUGAUCGAUGGUAUUGUUAUUCCGGAGCACAGCUUCCGCCGUGCGUGGGCAUCACUGGCCCUGAGAGAUGGAAAGAAAGAUGCUGCAUCGUACUUCCUACGGCCCGAUGGGCUUCCUGCGAAACAUAGAGAUGGCUCUGAGAUCAAGAUAGACGCUCAGUUGAGGGUUGUACAGUCUGAGAGCUACCCUCCCGUGCCAGCUUAUGACGAGAACGUCAUCGAAGAGAGGAGUGAAGAAGAGGACGACGAAUCUGGUCCCAAGUCCGAGUCAUCUUCUCAACUUGUCUACGCCUUGUGGAUCACCUACUCACGUCACAUUCACGCAUCUAGACAUAACCCCCCGGGACCCGGCUCGCCAUUAAUUUCUGAAGUUGCGACUCCUCUCCACCAACCGUCGCCUGGACAGACUGAGGUCGCUUCGCCGAUAGAAAUGGAAUCUUCGGACGAGGAGACGAAGAAAAGGCAAUCCCAUGCCUCUCAACUCACGAACCAGCUCAAGGCCGCUGCGAAGAAGACGGCUGCGAAGAUCACUGGGCGUGGGUACUCCACCCCAGAGGAACCCAAGAAAGAAGAGAUCCCCGUGAUCGUGAAACCCGCGCCGAAGAAGACGAUUGAUGACUUUUUCAUUCUUGAAGAAAUGGGUCAAGGGGCUUAUGGUCAAGUCAAGCUUGCACGGUACAAGAAGGAUGGGAACCAGAAAAUGGUACUCAAAUAUGUUACCAAGCGCCGCAUCCUCGUUGAUACGUGGACUCGAGACCGACGGCUUGGCACCGUGCCCUUAGAAAUCCACGUCCUCGAUUAUCUGCGACGAGAUGGAUUGAAGCAUCCAAACAUUGUCGAGAUGACCGACUUCUUCGAAGACGAUAUAAAUUACUAUAUCGAGAUGGUUCCUCACGGUCUGCCUGGGAUGGAUCUUUUUGACUAUAUCGAGCUUCGGGUCAACAUGGAGGAGGAAGAAUGUAGAAGUAUUUUCGUACAGGUUGCCCGCGCGAUUCAUCACCUUCACACCAAGGCUCUCGUGGUUCAUCGGGAUAUCAAAGAUGAGAACGUCGUUCUGGAUGGUGAGGGCAACAUCAAGCUUAUCGACUUUGGCAGUGCUGCGUACAUCAAGAAUGGACCAUUUGAUGUUUUUGUUGGAACUAUUGAUUACGCAGCACCCGAGGUCCUAGCUGGAAAGCCCUACCGUGGCAAGGAGCAAGAUGCCUGGGCCCUCGGCAUCCUUCUCUACACUAUCGUCUACAAGGAAAACCCUUUCUACAGCAUCGACGAGAUCAUGGACCGUGAUCUCCGCGUCCCAUACGUCAUGAGCGAGGAUAGCAUCGACCUGAUCCGCGCCAUGCUCGACCGAGACGUUGAAUCUCGCAUCUCUAUCGAAAACGUACUCGAGCAUCCUUGGUGUCAGGACGUUAAAGAGUGA